AUGGCAUUGCGCUACUACCGCACGUUCAUCGACGAAGUGGUCACCAUUGAGAAUUCGAAGACCGAAGAGAAGCGCGCUUGCAGCAUGCCGCCUACAGGUACAUGCCUGGAGGAGGAGUGCGAAGAGGAGUUGCGAUCUCAGGUGGCGUGCCUCGCAGAGCGAGCUGCCCACCUUGAGCCGCUGCCGCGUGCCGUAGUAAAGCCGGUACAGAUGGCGGGGAGUCGUGGACAUCCGGACCUUUGCCGCCGCCCGUGCCUGCAUUUUGCCGCGGGCGCAUGCCUUCACGGCGAGGAGUGCUUGUAUUGUCACCAGCCUCACCCAGAGCGCGCCGUGACCCUGGACAAGCGCCAGCGCCUGCUGCUGGGAAGCCUCCCAGAAGCGGACCUCCUCGAAAUGCUGGUGCUAGCCUUCGAAGCCAAGCUGCGCGGUGACCUUUUUGGCGUCACCGCCAGGGUUGCCUCGGCUGAGUUGGCCACACGAUCCUGGGAGGCCUUGGAAAAUCUGCGCCACCUCAGCGAUUUGCUGUGA